UUUUGCUUUCAGUUUCCAUUCCACACGAAAGGUUAGAGCGAGUGAAUGAAUACAAGUUGUAAUUAAACCUAAUGAAGGUUAACUAAUGGAAUCACUGUUAAUAUUUUUAAAUUGGGAAGCAAUGUCCUGAUGCGCGUAGCAUUAGGUAUCGACGGCGCAUUUAAUUCAGAUUUGUGCUAAAUGCUAAACGAUGUGAAACGGCAAGAACUUCAUCCUUCAUUUCGCGGUCAUGGAGGUAGGAGUUGUGAAAAUCGCUGAGGACAGCGACUUCAAAAGGCUUAAAACGCUUAUAGAUGACAAUACAAAUUGGAAAUUGGAUUUCCACAAAGGCGAAGAUACGAAGGUCUGGACCCAAUCAUUGCCAGGAUGUGAUUUUAAAAUGGUUAAGAUUUACGCAGUAUUCCACAACACAACCUCAGACACACUGUUCGACGUCCUACACGAUCCCCAUUACAGAUCGCGCUGGGACAUGCACAUGAUAGAAUCCACGGAAAUCGGAUACCUUAACCCCAACAACGACGUAGGCUACUAUUCCAUGACGUGUCCCGCCCCACUGAAAAACAGGGAUUUCGUCCUUCAACGCUCGUGGCUCGACACCGGCGACGAAAAAAUGAUUCUCAACCAUUCCAUCCAUCACAAAAGCUACCCGCCGAAGAAGGGGUUCGUCAGGGCGCUGUCGCACCUGACAGGCUUUUUAAUACGCUCGCUGCCUAACGGAUGUGCAAUGGGAUACAUCUCCCAAACGGAUCCCAGGGGUAAGCUACAACCGUGGCUCGUCAAUAAGACUACGCAGAUAUUCGCACCGAAGAUGAUCAAGCAUAUGAGGAAAGCGGCCGAAGGUUACCCCACGUGGAAAGCGAUGCAGAUAAACCCCAACUUUAAGCCUUGGACUUAUCCAGAGCAAACUUUGGAGUCGACCAGGAUAAGCAUUGAUGACUGUAUCGAUUCGCUCAAAGGCUCAUCUAGUUCUCUUACCAAAGAUCGUGAUGACGACUGAAAACUAUUGGCAUACCUUCAUCACACAUUUACAUAUUUAGAUACCAAUGGCAGAGAGGUAUAAAAGUGCACUUUCAUUGUUGCAAUUUAGCGUCAUACUUACCAUUUUCGUCGAUCGUUCAGUAUUGUUACUACUAGUGUUCCAUCAGUAUUGCGAAUUUAAACGGUAAAAAGUGAGUGAAUCUGUAGAAGCUUGCUCAGGAAGAAUGACGCAUUUAAUGGUAUUUUAAAGUAUUAUAGUAUUUAUAUAGACAUAUUUAAAGUUGUUCAAUAAAUAUUACGGAAGCGUUUCACUUUA